AUGCAAGCUUCAGACCCAAAGAAUGCGAUCCCGCCUCCCCAUCUAUACACACCCAGAGAGGCGCACUUCGAGGGCUUCCUUAAGCCACAGCCAGAUGGCUAUCGAAAGGCAGUGUCGCGAUCGCCUGGGAGCGCUGCCAUCGUGAUUGACAAUGGGUCAUCAGCUACCAGGGCUGGCUGGUCCUUCGAAGACGCGCCCCGCCUCAAUGUCAUACCGAUUUUCUCUAAGUAUAGAGACCGGAAGAUAGGCAAAACAUAUUCCUUCGUUGGAGCCGAUGUUUACGCGGACACAAAUGCCAAGGGCCACAUGCGACACGCUUUCGAGGCUGGUAGUGGGAUUGUCAGCAACUGGGACGUUAUGGAGUCGAUACUGGACUAUGUGUUUAUCAAGCUGGGCAUAGAUGGUGCAGAUGGACGCGUGGACGUGCCGAUUGUCAUGACUGAAGCGGUCGCCAACCUGCCAUACUCACGAAAAUCUAUGACCGAGAUCAUCUUUGAGUGCUAUUCGGCACCAUCUCUAGCAUACGGUAUUGACUCACUCUUCUCGUACGACUACAAUAAUGGCAAGACUGGACUGGUGGUGUCAUCCUCGCACAGCUCAACCCAUUUAAUACCGGUCCUCAAUUCGAAAGCGCUGCUAAGCCAAGCAACUCGAUUGAAUUGGGGUGGGUCACAGAGCGCUGAAUAUCUCCUGAAGCUCCUCCGUCUCAAAUAUCCCACAUUUCCCGGCAAACUCAAUUCCUCACAAACAGAAUAUAUGGUCAGAGAUCAUUGCUAUGUCUCUCGCGAUUUCGAUCAAGAACUAAGCAAGUACCUCGAUUGGACGGGCCUUGAGGAUCGGGAUCAUGUCAUCCAGUAUCCAUUCACCGAAGAGGUAGUGGUCCAGAAAAGCGAGGAAGAGCUUGCCAGGAUAGCCGAAAAAAGGAAGGAGAGUGGCAGACGCUUACAGGAACAGGCAGCAAAGAUGCGCCUGGAGAAGCUCAUGCGCAAAGAGCAGGAACUUGAUUACUAUCGAGACCUACAAAGCAGACUGGCAAAUGAGACCAAAAAGGAGAUCAAGAGGAUUUUAGAUGCGGAAGAUUUCAAGGAUGAAGCAGCUCUUGAGAAAACUAUUAAGGAGCUCGACAAGUCGAUCCGUAAGGCACGAACGAAAGAUGUGGGAGGGCCAGAAAUUGAAGAGGAGGUAGAAGAGCCCGAUUUCUCAUUGCUUGAGGUUCCAGAUGACCAACUGGAUGAGGCGGGCCUAAAGCAGAAACGUCACCAAAGACUCAUGAAAUCGAAUCAUGAGGCUCGGGCGCGUGCAAAGGCGGAGAAGGAAAAAGAGAAAGCAAGAGUUGCAGAGGAGAAACGCCUAGACGAACUUAAAAGAGAGACUGACCUCGAGGGCUGGCUUCAGGAGAGAAGAAAUGCUAGGGCUGAGCUGGUACAAAAGAUGAAGGAUCGGGAACGCUUGAAAGCGGAUCUUGGAAAUCGAAAGUCGCUGGCAAGCCAGAUCCGAAUGAAGAGUAUUGCCAAUCUAGCUUCAGAUACCCCGACAAAGAAGCGUCGGCGUGGAGGAGACGAUGAUAAUUUCGGUGCAAAUGAUGACGACUGGGGUGUCUAUCGACAGAUUGCUGUAGGGGAAGGCAGCGAUGACGAGGAAGAAGAAGACUUAGGGGCAACUUUGAAGACAUUGGAAGCAGAUCUGCUGAAAUACGACCCCGAAUUCACCGAUGAACACACUCUCGAUGCGCAGACAGACUGGACGAAAAGCCUUAUCCACGCCUUCCUCCGCGGCCCAAGACCAUUCGAUCCAGGAAGCCAACGAGAAGCCCACCAGAUCCAUCUCAACGUCGAACGGAUCCGCGUUCCAGAAGUGAUCUUCCAGCCAUCAAUAGCCGGUGUCGACCAAGCUGGUAUCGUCGAGAUCGCCGCGGACAUCCUGACGCACCGAUUGAAUGGUUCUCCGAAUCAGGAAGACUUCCUCAAGGACAUCUUCUUGACUGGUGGAAAUACGCUCUUUCAGAACUUCGAUGAGCGCCUGCGCGAGGGCCUGAGGGCUUCGUUACCAGCGGAUGCUCCGUUGGUGAUCCGGAAGGCUAGGGAUCCUAUCCUUGAUGCUUGGAAGGGCGCAGCGAAGUGGGCUGGGGGAGACUCGUGGAAGUCGGCGGCCAUUACGAGGGAGGAGUAUCUCGAGAAGGGUGCGGAGUAUUUCAAGGAGCAUAAUCUGGGUAAUGCGUAUACAUAA